AGAGCACUACUCCCACGAGAAUCCCAAUCCAACAAUACAAACACAAUGGGCGUCGCCAAAAGAACCCGCAAAUUCGCCCAAGUCAAGCGAGUAAUCUCCUCCCGCGAUGCCCGUCUCAAAAAGAACCAAGCAAAGCAACAAGCCGCCACCGCAAAAAAAGACAAAUCCAGCGAAGUAGUCCGCGAAAUGUCCCUUCCUCCCCUCCCCUCCCCCUCCCCUCCAUAACCAACGGCUAACCCGUCCACAGCCCGCAAGUCUCCUCCUCCCUCUUCUUCCAAUUCAACACCGCCCUUCGGCCGCCUUACUCCGUCCUCGUGGACACAAACUUCCUGAACUUCACCAUACAGAAGAAGUUGGAGGUGAUGCAGUCCAUGAUGGAUUGCCUGUACGCGAAAGCCACGCCCGUAAUCACGGAUUGCGUCAUGGCGGAAUUGGAAAAGUUGGGGAGCAGGUAUAGGAUUGCGCUGCGGAUCGCCAAGGAUCCUAGGUUCGAGAGGCUCAGGUGCGAGCAUAAGGGGACGUAUGCUGAUGAUUGUAUUGUCAAUCGGGUUUUGCAACAUAAGUGAGUUUUUAUUUCUUCUUUUCCCUCGUUCCAGCCCACUUUGUUUGUAUGGGCGGAGGAGGAGGGGGCUAAUGUGAGGGGUUGGUUGGUAGGAUAUAUAUCGUGGCGACGAACGAUCGGGAUUUGAAAAGGAGGUUAAGGAAGAUUCCCGGUGUUCCCAUUAUGAGUUGUGGGACUGGAAAGUAUGUUAUCGAGAGGUUGCCGGAUGCGCCGGAGAAGUGAGAAUUGGUGUAUAAAUGCGGGGAUUAUCUAUAAUGGCCUUGAAAGCACCGUACAAAUGGCGUUUUUUUUUCUCUCUCUAGACUUUUUCUUUCUCUUUCUUCCCCGGCCAUGAUUCAAUCGAACACUACACCUUCCCCAUACCCGAUACCUUGCGCAUACAGGAUUAAAAAAGCAUUGACAAAAUUCGAGAAAAACCCUGUCAAGCCGUCCGACUACAAGCCGUCAAACUACAAGCCGUCAGAUUACAAGCCGUGCGACAUCCACAAGUCAUACGACGUUCACAAGACAACCGAUCCAUAUAAGCCUUCGUCUAUCCGUUGACUACGGGCCGUCCAACUACAACCGCCAGACCACAAGCCGUUCAUACAACGUUCACAAAUCGUACGACGUUCACAAGACAACCGAUCCAUAUAAGCCUUAUCCGUCCGACUACAAGCCGUACAACUACUACAAGCCAUACAAGCCAUACAACGAUUACAAGCCGUACAACGGCCAUAACUCAUACGACGGCUACAAAUCCUACGAUGGCUGCCAGACAACCGACCCAUACAAGCCUUAUCCGACUAUCAAACCCUUAAGCGGUGUGUGUGUGCCCGAGUUUCGAACACAAGCUUAUCACCCCCACCCAGUACAGCACAGCACACAAGUACGAGCACAGCACAGCGCAGCACCAGUCGCAACAUCCCCACACCCAAUAAUACGUCGAUCAAAUCCCGAAACGAUAAUCACACCCUACAUACACCGGAAAAACAGCCGUGAUAUAAGCUACCCUACGAUACCAUACUUACCUACCUAUACCCAAAGUGGCCCGCAAUAGUAUAGUACAGUACACGAUGCCACCCCCCCUUCCGUCCCUUCAGGAACUUGCUGUAUCGUGGGUACCCAUAGAUGGGCGGAUACCCGCGCUUCCCAGCCAAGAUUUGGCACCCCAUUAGUCCAAGCUCGCGACCCCCAGCUCUUCCGGGAACAGUUUCUUAGCAGUGCGGAACAAGCGCAGAGGCCUAACCAUCGGAGGGAAAAAGUCAGUGAACGGAGUUGCCCCAAAUUUACCAAAGUUCACUGGUAUCAAGAUCACGGCAUGACCUGUUUUCCUCUGAAGAGUUAGUUAGAUUCCCAUACCCUCCUCGCACUAGCUUACUGGAGGAUCUUGUUGGGAUGAUUUGUACAGUCCGAGUACGGAGCUUUUCGUCGUUGGGUGGACCAAUUUAUGUCUUGCAGGCGGAUAGGAUAGUAAAUUAAGUAGUGGGUGGAGGGGUUGGUUGCGAGACAGGAAGCUACUUGACGGGCCCGAGUGCCCGUGAUCCCGUCGGUAUCAGUGCUGUUUUGCUUUUUUUUUGUUUUUCGUUCGAGUUGCCGUGGGAUCCGACUAUAAUAAAACUUUACAAUAUUA